CUUUACCACAGCCCUCUGCUUCAGCUAAACAAGUCUCACUCUCCGCUGAUCCACGAGACGACCCACCGCAACUCAGACACAAAAACAUGGCCGAUUCAGAGGCAUCCAAACCAGCCCCCAGCAAUGGGCCGCCGAACGACGCCCAGGAUGCCACCAACCGUCGCGAAAGCUUCAGCUCCCAGAACUCGCAGACUGCCAGACAGUUUAUCGAGUCCCAAAUUCGCCUCGAAGCUGACGCGCGCGAGAUCCUUCCCUACUCCUUCGACACCUGCACCAAAGCUCUAGGUCCCCUCCGACAAUCCCUCUUCGCCUGCCUCACCUGUAACCCCCCUCCCACCGAUUCCUCCGACGAUAAUGCAUCAUACACACCAGCCGCCGUAUGCUAUUCCUGCUCUAUCGCCUGCCACGGGGAGCACAAUCUGGUCGAGCUGUUCAGCAAGCGCAACUUUGUCUGCGACUGCGGGACGACCCGAAUGCCAUCGACCUCGCCCUGUACGCUGCGCAAUGACCCGCAGACCGGCGCGAGAGGCGUCCACUCCGAAGAACCCCAUUCGGGCAAUAAAUACAACCACAACUUCCAGAAUAAGUUCUGCGGCUGCAACGAGGACUAUGACCCCAAUCAGGAGCGAGGGACAAUGUUCCAGUGUUUGGGUGUGGGGACGGUCGAGACAGGCGGCUGCGGCGAGGACUGGUGGCAUCCAGAGUGCCUGAUCGGGCUUUCGCGCGACUGGUACAAAACUGCGAAGCAGCAGGAAAAGGAGAAGCAGCAAGAUGUGAAAGCUGAGGAUGCGAUAGUAGCGGAUAAUGGUGACGACAACAACAACAACAACCAAAACGACGAACCUGAUGAUGAUGACGACGAGGAGACGCCCCUCCCACCCGGGUUCCCUGACGAAGGUGACUUCGACAUGUUCAUCUGCUACAAAUGCGUUGACUCAAAUCCGUGGUUGAAGCGCUACGCGGGGACAACCGGCUUCCUUCCCCCGGUGUUCAAAGAAGGUGGACUGGCCAAACCAGUCGCAUGCGAAGCCAAACCUGCCGAAACGACAGACAAAGAACCGACGACUGCAGAACCAAUCAGCCCCACCGCCACCAGCGCACAGUCUGAGCCUACCCUCAACUCCAAGAAACGCAAAGCCGACGACGACGACGUUGAACCACAACCCGCAGCCGAGCCCUCUGCGAAGCGCAUCAAGGACGAGGAGACGUCCGAACCCACCGGCACCAACACCGACACCGUCACAGCACCAAGCAACAACGCCGCUCCACCCUCCACCUCUUCCCAACUCCAACCCGACCAACCCACCGCCCCGAAACACACCACCCUCCCCACCACCCCACCCCGCCAGACCUUCUCCCUCUUCCUCACCGAAACCUUCCGCGACCAUUUCUGCCGUUGCCCAGACUGCUACCCGCACACCCUCGCCGCGCACCCGCAACUCCGCGAGGAGGAAGAGGCCUACGAGCCGCCCGUGUCGGAGGACGGGGACCACCACCACGGCGACGGCGCCCGCAGCACGGGCACGGGCAGCCUGCUCGACCGCGGCGAGGCGGCGCUCAGCAACAUCGACCGCGUGCGCGCCAUCGAGGGCGCCAUGGUCUACAAUCACCUCCGCGACCGGGUCAAGGAGUUCCUGAAGCCCUUCGCCGAGAGCGGCACCGCCGUCUCCGCCGAGGAUAUCAAGGCCUACUUCGAGAAGCUGCGCGGCGAUGACCAGCAUAUCCGGGAGGCGGCGGCCGCGGGCCAGGCUUCUUCUGGUGAUGGUGGUGGUAGUGACGGGAAGGAUGGGGAUAGUCGGCGGGAGCAGAAUGGUUACUGAGCUUAGUCUUGAUAUCUAUUCGAUAUAUUCGGUUGGAUAUGUGUUGGGCUGGGGACUUAUGAGGUCUAAUAGUCGCAGGAUGUAUGGGAUAUAUGUUUAGGACUCAUGAUUAGGAAAAUGGCACAAUUGAAAGGGAAUGGCGUGGUUGGUUUGCAAAUCGGAGCAGUUCAUUUAUCUUUGACUAUCUAUCUAUUUAUCUAAUUAUCUCUCAAGAACA